AUGAUAGCUACUAAUAUUGUUGACGGUGAUGGUAGAGAAGAACUUUUAUUAAAGGGUUAUAUAGUUCGUAAUAGUACUAACGUUAGCAUCGUUGAUGGAAAUGAAAAAAUAAGUUCUACAAUGUAUGAAACUAGUAGAUUAAAAUAUAAUUCUUUAUCACUUGCAAAAUUACAUGAAACCACACAAACCAUCAUCUUGAAACAAACUGAUGAAGGAUCAUUCUGUCUUUCAGAUAUACUUUCCGAAAUACUUGACACAAAAUCUGAAUUGUUCACCUCUACCAUUCAAACAUAUGCUGUCAGUGAAUUCCUUAAGAAAACUGCUGCACAUUAUACCUAG